AUGGUCGACAGCAGGAAUGCAAUCUCGCGAGAUUUCAGACCUAGCCGAGAUCUCGCGGGACCACAAAAUGGCAAUAUGCCCCGAAAUUAUAAGAGGACAAGUAAUCGGCAAUCAUGGAGUCAAGACGCGAUGAAAAAAGCUAUUGAAGCGGUUAAAGAGAAAAAAAUGGGUUGGCUUCUGGCUUCUUUCAAAGUGCCACAAGCUACACUAAGGCGGCAUGCUUUGGAACAAAAUAAAACAGUUGCACCUGCAGCAAAAGGUUUAGGCCGAUUUCAGCUAACAUUUCUUCUUGAAAUUGAGAGACAAUUGGUUGAGCACAUCAAGCUACUUGAAACUCGCAUGUUUGGAUUAACGCGUACAAUGGUCCAAGAACUCGCUUUCGAAUUGGCUGAAAAGAAUGGCUUUUCAUACAGUUUUAAUAAAGAUAAGGAUAAAGCUGGCCAGGAGUGGCUAGAUGGAUUUUUAAAACGCCAUAAGCACAUAUCUUUACGAAAACCGGAGCCUACCUCCGCAGCCAGAACCCAAGAUUUUAAUAGACCUCAAGUAAGAAAGUUUUUCGAUAGCUAUCAAGAAUACAUAGACAAACACAAAUUAAACGCGAACCGGAUCUACAAUGUGGACGAAUCGGGGCUGUCUACUGUCCAAAGACCUCAAAAGAUCCUGGCUACCGCUGGCAGGAAGCAAGUCGGUGCCAUUACAUGCGCCGAGCGUUAA